AUGUUGAUCAACCAAGACAGCAGGCUCUUGGGAUCUUAUUUCGGGGAGGUUCCUUCUGGGCUAUGGUCUGAUCCGCAAGACCAUGAGUUUGACAUCAACGAGCAAAGAGAGGGGAGAGCACCGGAUCUUGAGUUCUGGAAAGAGAUAGAUAAAGGGUGGUGGUUUGAUGGCGAAUUUGUGGUUACAACAGCACACCAGCAGCAGCACAAGCUCUCGGCGCACAACAGGUCCGCGCGACACAUCAAGGAGGGGCGAGAUGAGACUAGUGGUGCUGAGGUUGCCAGCAAAUUUUAUGCCCAAGGAUAUGGCAGACAACCUGACUCCGUAAGAGCUGCAUCAUCUUCGUCAUCUUCAUCGUCGUCGGUCUCGAGUUUGAGGACUGUUGUCGGUGAUAGUUCCUUCACGUCCACAAAGACCCUAGAUUACCACAAGGCAACGGAUGAGGGGGCAAGCGCCCCAACACCAGCCUUUGUCCCACAGAUAAUAUCCGUGCACGGCUGGAGUCUCCUUCACGCUAAUCCGGUCGAGGUCAAUCGUCACUGGGCUGUCGACACUUAUUUGCGGGACCAUAUUCGUCCUUAUAUACCCGAAGCUCAAUUGGUGUGGCUCGAUUAUCCACGAGCAGAGUCAGCAGGGUAG